UGUUGAAAAAGUUUGCCACAGUUUGCUCUCGAAGCCCAGUUUCGAAGCACCUAACUGAAAAAACGAUCCAUUUAAAUUGAAAAAGCUGCCUCAAUCCAUCUCCCAUUCUCUCACGCACAAAUUAAGUGUUCUACAUUUGGAAUCGAAGAUCUGAUAAGCAUUUUUAAACAUUCGUUGAGUUUCGCAGAGAUCCACUUUCUCUACUGAUCUCAAAUUCAUGGCGCGUCCAGGAACGAAGCAACUCUUUCUGUUAUUCACUUUGUCUUACGCGAUCUUCGCCGUUGCAGGGAAGAGUUAUUACGAUAUAUUGCAAGUGCCGAAAGGAGCAUCGGAUGAGCUGAUCAAAAGAGCGUAUAGGAAGUUGGCAUUGAAGUAUCAUCCUGAUAAGAAUCCCGGUAAUGAAGAGGCCAAUAAGCGAUUUGCGGAUAUCAGCAAUGCUUAUGAAGUAUUGUCCAAUAGCGAAAAGAGGGGCAUAUAUGAUAGGUAUGGAGAGGAGGGCCUGAAGCAACAUGCUGCCAGUGGAGGCGGAGGAGGAAUGGGGGUUAAUAUGCACGAUAUUUUUAGCUCGUUUUUUGGAGGGGGCAAGAUGGAAGAGGAAGAGAGAAUUCUGAAGGGUGAUGAUGUAAUUGUCGAAUUGAAGGCAACACUGGAAGAUAUGUACAUGGGAGGCACUCUUAAGGUUUGGAGGGAGAAAAACAUCUUAAAGCCAGCUCCUGGUAAGCGACGGUGCAACUGCAGAAAUGAGGUUCAUCAUAGGCAAAUUGGUCCAGGGAUGUUCCAACAGAUGACCGAACAGGUUUGUGAGCAGUGCCAAAAUGUCAAAUAUGAACGAGAGGGGUAUAAUCUUACAGUUGAUAUCGAAAAAGGAAUGCAAGAUGGACAAGAGGUGGUAUUUUAUGAAGAUGGCGAGCCUAUAAUUGAUGGAGAACCUGGAGAUUUGAAGUUCCUCAUUCGCACUGCACCCCAUAACCGAUUCAGAAGGGAAGGCAAUGACUUGCACACCACUGUCACUAUAACGCUUGUUCAAGCUCUUGUUGGUUUUGAGAAGACCAUUAAACAUCUAGAUGACCAUUCAGUGGACAUUGGCUCUAAGGGUAUUACUAAGCCCAUGGAGGUGAGACAAUUCAAAGGAGAAGGAAUGCCAUUGCAUCUCAGCAAAAAGAAAGGUAAUCUCUAUGUUACACAUGACGUUUUAUUCCCUACGUCGCUGACUGUAGACCAGAAGUCCAAAAUCAAAGAACUUCUUGCCUAGGAGUAGAGCAUAUGAAAUUUCUUUCGACAAAGAAACUAGGGAAAAAAACUGGAGGGUUUCUGAUU